AUUUGAGAAAUGACAUAGCUCUGUUAAAAGUCGAUGGCAAAAUCCAAAUGAAAAGGAACGUUCGGGCAAUCAGAUUGAAGAAACAGCCUUUGGCGACUGGAUCAACUUGUGCACUGACAGGAUGGGGGAAACUUCACGCGAGUCUGAUGCAUUUGGUGGAGAAACGCGGAUCGUAGGGGAUCAAUAUGCUUCGCAGAACUUCGCGAUGUACCAACUCUCCAUACGUAGGCACCACAAUAAUAAAGAACGGCACUCGUGCGGCGGCUCUAUCAUACACGAGGAAUGGGUUUUAACAGGUGCCCACUGCACAUUUGGUAUUGACGCCGAAGCACUAUCCAUAGUGGUUGGGACAAUCCAACUGAGAUCUGGUGGCGACCGUUACAAAAUAAAGAGAAUUAUCAAUCACGAGAAAUACACAAGGAAAGCUUUGAGAAAUGACAUAGCUCUGAUUAAAAUUGAUGGCAAAAUCAAAAUGAAGAAAAACGUUGGGGCAAUCAAAUUGGGUAAACAGCCUGUGGCUGCAGGAUCAACUUGUGCUCUGACAGGAUGGGGUAAAAUUGACAAUCGUGGAGGUGUGCCGAACAAACUUCAAUUUCUGCUCUUCAAGAGUAUUAGCAAUGCAGACUGCACCAAGCAGUUAAAAGGUACCAACCUCCUACCCAUCGAUGACAAACAGCUCUGCGUGAGACCUCUAAAUAUGAGGGUUGCUUGUAAUGGCGACUCAGGAGCUCCUCUGGUCAGUUCUGAUGGAAAGAAAGGCCUUGUUCAAGUUGGAGUAAUGUCUUGGAGGACUGCGUGCGGUAGAAACUACCCAGAUGUUUUUGCAUCUGUCUCCGGUUAUUAUGACUGGAUUGCGAAAAAUAUGAAGGAUUAAAUUAUGUAUUUCGACAAAUCAUAAGUUGCUUACCUACAUAUAAAAGUCUAAAGUCUAUUUUAAAAUGUAAAGCAGUAUUCAGACUACAUAUAAUAAAUAGCAAUA